CGGCGGCGCGGGGUGAGCGGGACGGGGCGGGCGGCGGAGCGGGGCAGCGCCGGGCGGCCUCGCCUCAUCGCUGCCGGGUCCUGCCCGCGUCCUCUGCCGGGAGCCGAGCCGGGAUGCGGGAGAGCGGCCGCUCGCCCCGGGAGCGCUCGCUGCCGGCGGCCAUCCCCCGGAGCGGAGCGCUGCCCCGGGCCGGCCGUGCCGCCGAGGGCGCGGAGCCGCCCGGCCUCGCUCGCGGGGCAGCGCCCGCAGCCGCGGCCUCCCCGGGACACUGCCCGCAAAAAGCCGGUUCUGCUUCGGGGCGAGAGGGAGAGCAAGCCAGCCCCGCAGAGCUGCCGAGCCGAGCCUGCCCGCGGGCUCCCCUCAGCCUGCGCGUCGCUGGAAGUGACCCUGCGCCCUCGCCCUGCCGAAAACCGGGACCCCGGGAGAAGCCGCGGGUCUAGGAAAGGAAAGGCUUUUCCCACGGCAAAACCCGCUUCACUGAAAGUCCCUGGGUGAUCGUUGCAGUAGGAUUGCUGGUUCUGGUUCUCAUUGCUCUGUUGGCCCGUGUUCUUGUCAAGAGGAAGCCACCCAAAGACCCUCUGUUCUAUGUUUAUGCUGUAUUUGCCUUUACCAGUGUAGUGAAUCUAAUAAUUGGACUGGAACAGGAUGGAAUUAUUGAUGGAUUCAUGACUCAUUACUUGAGAGAGGGGGAGCCGUACCUGAACACCGCCUACGGCCACGUCAUCUGCUACUGGGACGGCUCCGCGCACUACCUGAUGUACCUGCUGAUGGUGGCAGCUAUUGCCUGGGAACAAAGCUAUAGAACCAUUGGUCUCUACUGGCUGGGUUCCAUUAUCAUGAGCAUCAUUGUCUUUAUGCCUGGAAAUAUUGUGGGCAAAUAUGGAGCAAAAGUGUGUCCUGCUAUUUUCCUAAGUAUACCAUACAUCUGCCUCCCCAUAUGGGCUGGGUUCAGAAUUUAUAACCAACCUUCAGUGACUCACGACACUCCAGUCAAGGUGGUGCAGGAAGUCCAGAAGAAAGGACUCUUAAGACGACCAAUAGAUUUAAUGUUAGCUGCAUACCUCAUUCUAGCCACGGGGUUUUGCAUAUUUAGGGGCAUGAUUGCCCUGGACUGCCCUGCCGAGCUCUGCCGGCUCUACAUCCAACUGCACGAGCCCUACAUAAAGGAUCCUGCUGCCUAUCCCAAGCUCCAGAUGCUGGCAUACAUGUUCUACUCCGUGCCAUACUAUGUGAUUGCUCUGUAUGGCCUGCUGGUGCCUGGCUGCUCCUGGAUGCCUGAUUUGACCCUUAUACAUGCUGGAGGACUAGCUCAGGCUCAAUUUUCCCAUAUUGGUGCUUCUCUUCAUGCUCGAACUCCUUACAUCUACAGAGUCCCUGAAGAAGCAAAAGAGUUUUUCCUGAUAUUGAACAUUAUGUACGGGAUUCUUCCUCAGCUGUUCGCUUACAGGUGUGUCAACAAGCCAGAGUUUUUUAUGAAACCAAAACAAGAAGAAAAACCAGAAUAGCAGAACUGUUUCCAGCUCCUGUCCUUGGCUAUGUAUAUAAUUGGGUCGGGAUGUAACUGAACUGUUCAGAUGGAACCCAAAUGAAGCGUGUAAGAUGUGUAAAAUUGCACAACUGUGUAGUCGCACGGUCUGCUCUGUUUAUCCUACUGAAAAAGGGAAAAUAAAGACAACUGCCUUUAGCACCACUUCUCAACAUUGUGACUUUGCAGUGCAUUGCCAGUUCCCACAGCUAUUUUUAAGUAAGCUGCUUUGACAGUUUUAGAAAUACUGCAUGAAGUUAAAUAAUAAUAAUGAUGUCAGUGUUUAGCCUCCGCACGCUGAAGAAUAGCAGUGCUAGCAGUCCCUGCACAGAGCUACUGCACAACAUGAAGGCCAGCAUUGUGAAGCAUGAAAAAUUAACAUACAUAACUCUGUCACAUGCACAUGUUUUAUUUGUCAAAAAGUAUGUCUUGUGGGUCGACCUUGUUAAAAAUCCCAAGAAAUCUUUUAAGAAGCAAUCAACUCUUAUGGUAAGACUCCAUAUAUGAUAAGCAAAUCAUAUAGUUUUGUUAAUUCUCUUCAGGAUUCACUUCUGCAAGGACUGCUCACCUGCUUGAAGCUGAGCAGGUGCUCAGCAGCACUUGUGGGCUGGGCACAGAGGGCUCAGGACCGUGAGCCACUGGGCUCAGGCCGUGCGUGCGUUUCCAGAGAGGAGGGGUUUUGGCUGUGUCUCUGCAGCUACUUUUGCUAAUGCUGCUGGCUCAGAAACAAGCAGCAGCAAACACAGCGACCUUGGUUUGGGCAGCUUACGUUUCUAUUUGCAAUCACAGCUAUUUCUAUGCCUUCUAUGUGUAUUUAUAUUAAAAGCAGUACACCUAGUGCCUUUCUCACAGAUGAAACUAGCUGAUACGUUUUAACUGGAAACACUUUAUUUGGGUUUGUUCACUUCUUGGUGUUUUGAUUGAAAUAAUUUUAUUUUUAAGUCUAAUCAGUAACAAGGAAGCAGUUGACAUGCCUGUGUGCUGCACCCUGCACGAAGGGACCUUCAGAGCACUGAGAAAUGCAGGCUGUAACGCUCUCCUGCUGAACACUGCCAGGCAGUUCCCAGCAGCAGUCAGAGGAGAUUAAAGACAUAACACAAUGCAUCCCUGGUGCAGCUCCUUAGGCUUUGGGACAGCUCCAUCCCAGUGCCUCUUCACAGGGAAACAAACCCAGCUGGGCUGUCACAGGACGUGCUGGCUCACAAACAGGUAUUUGAGCCUCUGAUGUUACUUCUGAUGUCUUGAAAGAAACUUUGAAUACAUUCAAGGUGAAUUUAAUGACCUCCUGUUAUCCAGAAAAGGCAAAGUACAGAAAAAAUAAAGAUCUCACCUGCACUUGUAUCUAUUAUGGUCAACUCAUGUUAACAGAAUGUUUUGCUUUAAUACUUGACUUACAUUAAUACCUCACAUUAUUACACGUAUGAAGCCAAAUAUGACGCUAACUUAGUUGCUUACAACCUCAAACCUUACUCCCAAUACACAUUCCAAUAAAUUUAUUCUGUAAAAACAAUACAAUUUUUUUGUUUCCUUUUUGUUUUGUUUUGGUGUUUUUUUUGGUUUUUUUUCCUUGUGGUUUUUUUUUUUUAGAUUUUUACAGUAAACUCA